AUGGCGGCCACUAACUUGAUGAUCCACACCCUUCUCAUGGGCCUGGUUCCUCUCAUCACAUUUGUGGUGGCAAAGAGGGGCACCCUGGACGUGCUGCUCGAGAUCCUGAGCGCGGAGGAGGUCAGCGACAGCAAUCGGACGGUGCUGGGAGGCCUGCUGGCCCUCCUGGGGGUGAAUGUGGUCAUCGUCUCCUUCAUGAUCUGCGCUUGGUACGAGACCCCAGCCAUCGUCCCCGCGAAAAAGCGGGAGUGA